GAGGUGAACAAUAGUCAGCUCUCACCUCUCAUCGAAUAAGCUAAGGCGCGCAUCCCUAGGUCACAUUUGUUCUCUCUCCACACGCCGCAUAGGACCACACCAUUACCACCCUCCAUACUUCUUCUUCGUCUCCAUUUCCCAAUCUCCCUCGUCUUCAUCCUCUACUACCACACAGACACCGCCACUAUCCCAUUCCCAAUCACACUCUCAUCACCAUGUAUAUAACUACGGCCUCUUCACUUCUCAGAACAACCAGGCCCAGACUCUUCUUCUCUUCUAGAAUCUUCGCUCAUCCUCCUCCUCGCGCUUCCUUCUCCCCCGCGCCUUCCCGAUCCUUCAUCUCCUCGCUCCCCCGCUGGAGCCACCGCCUCCACUGCGGUUCUCCCUCCACUCUUCGCCCUCAGAUCAGAGCCGUCGCUCCUGUUCUCGAACGCUUCCACCGCAAGAUCGCUACCAUGGCUAGUGAAAAUCCUUUCAAGGGAAACUUGACUAGCCUUCCGAAGCCGGGUGGCGGCGAGUUUGGAAAAUUCUACAGUCUUCCGUCGCUCAACGAUCCAAGAGUUGAAAAGUUACCAUACUCCAUAAGGAUUCUCCUUGAGUCUGCCAUUCGUAAUUGUGACAAUUUCCAAGUCACUAAAGAAGAUGUUGAGAAGAUUAUUGACUGGGAAAAGACUUCUUCUAAGCAAGUUGAGAUUCCUUUCAAGCCUGCUCGAGUUCUCUUGCAGGAUUUUACUGGAGUUCCAGCUGUUGUUGACCUGGCUUGCAUGCGAGACGCUAUGAAUAAGCUUGGCAGUGAUUCAAAUAAGAUCAAUCCUCUGGUACCUGUUGAUCUUGUUGUUGAUCAUUCAGUUCAAGUUGAUGUAGCAAGGUCAGAAAAUGCGGUGCAGGCUAAUAUGGAACUUGAGUUCCAGAGAAACAAGGAGAGAUUUGCUUUUCUUAAAUGGGGAUCAACUGCAUUUCAUAACAUGCUUGUUGUUCCUCCUGGUUCUGGAAUAGUACAUCAGGUCAAUCUUGAAUAUCUUGGGCGGGUUGUUUUCAACAACGAGGGCUUACUCUAUCCUGACAGUGUAGUUGGGACCGAUUCACAUACAACUAUGAUAGAUGGGCUCGGUGUUGCUGGAUGGGGUGUUGGAGGUAUUGAAGCCGAGGCAGCAAUGCUUGGCCAGCCUAUGAGCAUGGUUUUACCCGGUGUUGUUGGGUUCAAGUUAGCUGGAAAACUGCGCAAUGGUGUUACAGCAACUGAUUUGGUUCUAACUGUGACACAAAUUCUUAGAAAGCACGGCGUUGUCGGGAAAUUUGUUGAGUUUCAUGGUGAUGGUGUGGGUAAAUUAUCUUUAGCUGACAGAGCCACUAUUGCUAAUAUGGCUCCUGAAUAUGGUGCCACCAUGGGCUUCUUCCCUGUGGAUCAUGUUACUCUACAAUAUCUCAAGCUAACUGGAAGAAGUGAUGAGACUGUGACCAUGAUAGAGUCUUAUCUCAGGGCAAACAAACUGUUUGUUGACUAUAAUGAGCCACAACAAGAACGAGUUUAUUCAUCAUAUCUUGAAUUGAACCUUUCCGAUGUUGAACCAUGUAUCUCAGGACCUAAGAGACCUCAUGAUCGGGUGCCUUUGAAAGAAAUGAAGGCUGACUGGCAUGCUUGUCUUGAUAACAAAGUUGGAUUCAAGGGAUUUGCUAUACCAAAAGAAACACAAGGAAAAGUUGCAAAGUUUGAUUUCCAUGGACAGCCAGCGGAGCUCAAGCAUGGCAGUGUUGUGAUUGCUGCAAUAACAAGCUGUACGAAUACAUCUAACCCAAGUGUUAUGCUUGGAGCUGGUCUUGUUGCGAAAAAGGCUCAUGAGCUUGGUUUGAAGGUCAAACCUUGGGUUAAAACAAGUCUUGCUCCUGGUUCAGGAGUUGUUACGAAAUAUCUACUCCAGAGUGGGCUGCAAAGUUAUCUCAAUGAACAAGGUUUUAAUAUUGUUGGAUUUGGCUGCACAACAUGUAUUGGCAAUUCAGGCGAUCUGGAUGAAUCUGUUGCUUCUGCUAUCUCAGAAAAUGACAUUGUAGCUGCUGCUGUGUUGUCUGGAAACCGUAAUUUUGAGGGCCGUGUCCAUGCCCUGACAAGAGCUAACUACCUUGCCUCUCCUCCUCUUGUUGUCGCUUAUGCUCUUGCUGGCACGGUUGACAUUGACUUUGAGAAGGAGCCAAUUGGGACAGGGAAGGAUGGCAAGAAUGUCUACUUGAGGGAUAUCUGGCCAUCCACUGAAGAAAUUGCAGAGGCUGUUCAAUCUAGUGUGUUGCCUGCCAUGUUCCGAAGCACAUAUGAGGCUAUUACCAAGGGCAACCCCAUGUGGAAUCAAUUACAAGUUCCUGCUGACACUCUCUACUCAUGGGACUCCAACUCAACAUAUAUUCAUGAACCCCCAUACUUCAAGAAUAUGACGUUGGAUCCUCCUGGAGCUCAUGGUGUGAAAGAUGCCUUUUGCCUGCUGAACUUUGGUGACAGUAUAACUACUGAUCAUAUUUCUCCAGCUGGAAGCAUUCAGAAGGAUAGUCCUGCUGCUAAAUACCUCCUAGAGCGUGGGGUAGAGCGCAAGGACUUCAAUUCUUAUGGAAGUCGUCGUGGUAAUGAUGAGGUGAUGGCAAGAGGAACUUUUGCCAAUAUUCGCCUUGUUAACAAGCUCUUGAAUGGGGAAGUUGGCCCCAAGACAGUGCAUGUUCCAUCUGGGGAGAAGCUUUAUGUGUUUGAUGCAGCAAUGAAAUACAGGGCUUCUGGCCAACCCACCAUUGUGCUCGCUGGAGCUGAAUAUGGCAGUGGAAGUUCUAGAGAUUGGGCGGCCAAGGGUCCAAUGUUAUUGGGAGUCAAAGCUGUCAUAGCUAAAAGUUUCGAGAGAAUUCAUCGCAGUAAUUUGGUAGGAAUGGGUAUUAUUCCCCUUUGUUUCAAAUCCGGGGAGGAUGCGGACACAUUGGGAUUGACUGGUCAUGAACGUUAUACGAUUGACCUUCCUAGUGAGAUCAGGCCUGGCCAAGAUGUGACGGUCACAACUGAUAAUGGAAAAUCUUUCACCUGCAAAUUACGCUUUGAUACUGAGGUGGAACUUGCUUACUUCAACCAUGGAGGCAUACUUCCAUAUGUCAUACGGAGCCUAGCUCAGCAGUGAAGCUAUUGCCCAUGGAAAACUCCAAGGUCAUUGUCAGUGUCACCAUACGCUUUUCAAGCGGUAAAAUGUCAGUGAAUAAAUUUCUGAUAGAUAGGAAAAAAAUCCCUUAUACGGGAGGUAAUUUUUGACACUUUCCCAAGUGUUUAAUAAUUUUUAGGCAUAAUCAGUGACCACUUCGAUUGUAGAUUUCUAAUUUUUGCGGCAUCUCUGCCCAUUGAAAAUGAGGCCAAUUGUGUAAGCUGAUUUAAACAAUGCCGAUUGUGGGCGGGCAUUAUUUGGCGGAAGUAUCAUUUGAUGAGUGUUUUUUUCUUUCUUACGUAUUUUCAAGAUUGAAGAGAAUCUUGCUCUAUACUUUGGACACACCAAGAAAAUUGACAUUAAAUUGCAUAUGGCUUAAGUUCGUAA